AUGUCUUUAGACAGAGAUGAUGAAUUCGAUGUUCCAUCUGCCCCUCCACCUUUCAAAGGACUGAACAAAGAUAGAGUCGAAACGAAAAAAAGACAAGCGCUGUUUCUCCGCCAAGCUUUACGCAUCGUUGAAAGAUUCGCUCACAAUCCUGUAAAUGCAAAUAUGUUAGCUUAUGCUUUACCAUGGUUGGAACGUGAACAGUACGAUGAUAUUUCGGUUGAGAGAAAUGCCUAUGGAAAUUGUGGUUACGUGUUAUGUUCUAAGCCUAAAGGUCAAACCACUAAACAACAAUACCGUAUUUGCACAGCUACGCGCAGGGUAUACGACAUUACCAAGCGUCGACCGUUUUGCUCAGACUGGUGUUACCGCGCUUCAUAUCACAUACGCAAACAGAUUUCUAAAGAACCUGCCUGGUGCCGUCCCAUAAACAGUUUAAAACCGUGUCACAUAAAUUUGCUACCUCAGAAUGCCUUAGGACACGUCGGUAAAGUGAUUUUAGAUGUUCAAAAUCGUUUACUUCUAACUGGAUCUGAGAGUGAUUCAAGUAUUGAAAACGAACUUAAUAUGAAUAUUGAAUCCGAAUCUAAUGACUUGUCGAGUAGUACAUUGGAGUAUUCACGUAAGGAACUCGAGAAGCUUUCGCUGGGGACGAAUAAUGAAAAUGGUAUUCCGGUUUGUGAGAUUUUUCCACAUACAUUAGAUCCUGGUAAAUCUACAGUUACUUCUUACGAUCAAUUAGAAAAACGUGUCGUGUCCCCAUCAGAUUACAAACAGCCGUCGGAUAACCAAAAUGAUGUUCCUACUAACGUAUGUGACAGACUUUCAAAACGUCUACAGGAGUGGUUGACUGAAAAAGCCUUUGCUAUUCUUACUACCUAUACAUUUACAUCUGAGGAAACAUCUUCGAUUAAUGAGUUACAUAACAGGAUUUUGCAGCAAUUUUACUCAAAACAUUUCUCAUCAAGAAAGGAAAAAAGUCGUAAUGACACUCAAUUUUCUGACUAUCCGCUUACCUGUGUUUUACCGCUUAUCGAUUCGGUUUCUCCUGAAGUUCUCCGUAGACAAAUCCUUCUGGAUGAUCUCAAAAGAAGGUAGACGUAAUUACUAUGGUUUCAUAUUUAUCUAGUUGUAUACAAUACUUUUGUGAUAAUGUUUGCGUGCAACGUAAGAUUUUUCUGUGCUGUAUACUCAACUAUAUGUUUGCUUGGUGCAUGAUAAAAUCCUGAUAUAAGGUAUUAUCUUUUUUCUUAAGUUAAGCCGUGUUAGCCUUGUCCAGUUAUAGUAAUAGCUAAAUCAAUGUCAUCCUUUUACAACAAAGCAUAAAAUAGUCAUGUGAGGAGUGAACAUAAUUUACUGCUUACCUGAACAAAAUUUUAUUGAAGGACUAUGGAGGAACUAACUGGGUACAUUGACAAAAAUGGUUAUUUAAGUAAGAUGAUAGUUCCCGUCAAUGAAUCUUUUCGUAAACAGCCAAUUUGAAUUGGCUUGAAAAAAUUAGUUAUCAAGCCCAUACAACACAAGAUUAUAUGAUUUUAAUAUUAAUAUAAAAUAUGAUGGCAUGUGUUAUCAUUUCAAUAUCAGUAAUAAGUCCUGAGCAUAAAGUCUGGAGUAAAACUAGACCUACAGUCCUUUUGCUUUGUUUAAAAUGAUAAGAGACACUCCGUUCAUUUUCAUUGGAGCUAAUUAAAUUAGAAUUUCGAACGAGCUAAGAUUCAGUUCAGCAAGAUUUUAGUAGCUUAUAAUUGUCUUCCUACUUAAGUCAGC